AUGGAGAAUUCCGUCUAUCCCCUCUUUGCUAGCAAUCCCCGUCGCAGUUUUAGUGGAUGUUGGACAUGUCGACUGCGCCGAAAGAAAUGCGAUGAACAGCGUCCCAUCUGUCAGGCCUGCGCAUCUCUUCAAAUUGAUUGCUACACUGAGAACAGCAAGCCUAAAUGGAUGGACGGCGGAAGUAGACAGGAAAAAAUGCUUCAGCAUAUAAAAGCCCGAAUCAAAGAGACGGCACCUUAUCGUCGUUGGAACCGCACGCCAGGAGGAAAAGACACUUUACUUCGGCCUACAAUUAGUAGGGACUUCGAUCCAGCAAUCUCACUCGACGCGUUAAACGAAACUCCAUAUCAGAUAAGCCGGUUAUUACAUCAACACGUCGAGCAGAACGACCAGGCCAACAGCGGUGUUUGCGCGUUGAAACGACUGAGUGGCGUUGUUCAACAAGGUAAUGAUUGGCUCCAACGACCAGACAUGUUUCUCGUUACGUAUUACUAUGAGCACUUGUUGCCAUUCCUAUAUCCAUUUUACACCCCCACAAUUACUGAAGGCGGCAAGUUUUGGGUUCUCGAAAUGAUCCUCAGCAGCCCCGUUGUGCGCCAAAGUGUGCUGUGCCAGAGUGCUUAUUGGCUCUCUCAAGCAACACGGGGCGCCGGGGAGCAACGUCGCAUCGAAGAGAGUGUCAAUGUACCAAUACACGACGCCUUCAGAGUUAUGGGCCAAGCUUUGAGCAUUAUCAAUGCCUCAUUUGUCUCCCAACACCUGCAUGGGAGUGCGCGUAUCCUUACCGGCAUUAUACAACUACAGCGAUUUGAGGCUGCACAACAGCAAUUUAAUGGCCACAAAAUGCAUCUCACAGCCGCCGCAACUUUAUUUAGGGAGAUUUUGGAAAGCUGUAGGAAGAGUGAUGACGGCGUGACAGAUCCUCUCACAGACUGGAACGCCGCCUUCCAUUGUCUUGGCCCAGCCUCGUGGACAGCCCUUGAAGCAGGGAUCCACAUCCCCAGUGCUGAACAAGCAGCUUUUCAAUUCUCGACGAGUAUUCUCUUUAUGGACGACAUCAUUCUUAGCACGGUUUUAUCGAAACAACCCCUCUUGUACGACUACCACCUCAGUCUUCUCGGGACAACUCCAGCAGAAGCUACUUCGGCCAAAGCGGUGUUAGGCCUUGAGGGCGUGGUAGGGUGUCAAAACUGGGCGUUGCUUCAAAUUGGAAUAAUUGCAACUCUUGACAGUUGGAAGAGGAGAGGAGAAGAAGCAGGAAAUCUUGAUGUCAUGGAGCUAGUUCGUCAGGCCGAAGUCAUUCGAGAUGCCUUGGAAACCAGACUCCUCGAAACUUCCGAGAUUCAAGUUUUGUAUGCAAAUCGCGAUGAUGACAUACGACAAUGUGCUGCGGCUAUCCCUGACUACAGCAAGCCGACUCAUCGCUUGCCUUCUGAGGCUCGUAUCGCAACCCAGAUUUGGGGUCAUGCAGCCAUAGUAUACUUAUCAGUGGUGGUAUCCGGAUGGCAGCCUUCUAAUGCCGUGGUGCGCCACUCAGUGCAGUCUAUAGUAAGGUUAUUAACUUGGGAUUUAUCAUCAUCAUCACGGGGCCUCUUACGAGGCAUGGCCUGGCCGUUGUUCGUGGCAGGUUGUAUGGCGGAUAACGCUCAAGAGCUAUGUUUUCGAGCCUUGAUGUCAGAGCCGAUGAUGAAAAGCAGUACAACAAUUCAAGAAGCGCUUUCAAUCAUGGAAGAUAUUUGGAAGAUGAGAGAUGCCGACGAGAACACCUUGAAAGAUUUCUCUUCGUGUUUCAACUACCGCGGCUAUUCAUUGUGUCUAGUAUAG